AUUUAGCUGCCAACAACCGUGCAUCUUGUGCUGCGGCGCGCAAGGCGACGGUAGCUAGCUUACGCUCGAUCUGCUCGUGAUUUUAGCACUCCGGCCUACUCCGCCGUCCGUCUCUGUGCGUGGUCCUCACGCGAGCAGCCGAGCACAGAGCAAUUGCUCUGCCUGUCUGCCGCCCGCUAACCUACCGCCCCCCUCCUAGCUCGGCGCGCGCCCUUAAGGUGACGAGCGACCGAUCGAGGUCGAGAUCUAUAAGAGAGACACCGCAACGCCACCUUUCUGGCCCCGUGCGCCACGAGCCCACGACCUGCCACUUGGCUCCCCUCCAUCAAUUCGAUCUCCUCUUCCCGCUCGUCUCAGCGUGAGUGAGCUGAGCACUGCCGCACUCACGAUGGACGCUCUACUCGUGACCUUCCUCGUUGCCGUGGCGACGCUCAACGGGGCGGCGUCCGCGGCGCCGCGCGCCUUCUUCGUGUUCGGGGACUCCCUCGUCGACAACGGCAACAACAACUACCUCAUGACCACGGCGCGCGCGGACGCGCCGCCCUACGGGAUCGACUUCCCCACCCACAUGCCCACGGGGAGGUUCUCCAACGGGCUCAACAUCCCCGACAUCAUCAGUGAGAAUCUGGGUUCCCAGCCUGCAUUGCCGUACCUGAGCCCCGAUCUCCGCGGCGAGAAUCUGCUCGUCGGCGCUAACUUCGCGUCGGCCGGCGUCGGCAUCCUCAACGACACGGGCAUACAAUUUGUGAACAUAAUUAGGAUCGGGCAGCAGCUGCAGAACUUCCAGGACUACCAGCAGAAGCUGGCCGCGUUCAUCGGCGAAGACGCGGCGACGCAGCUCGUGAACCAGGCGCUCGUGCUCAUCACGCUCGGCGGCAACGACUUCGUCAACAACUACUACCUGGUGCCCUUCUCCCUCCGGUCUCGCCAGUUUGCCAUCCAAGACUACGUCCCCUACCUCAUCUUCGAGUACAAGAAAAUCCUCACGCGGCUGUACGAGCUCGGGGCCCGGCGCGUGGUGGUCACCGGCACGGGGAUGAUCGGGUGCGUGCCGGCGGAGCUAGCCAUGCACAGCAUCGACGGCGAGUGCGCGCGGGACCUUACGGAGGCCGCCGACCUCUUCAACCCUCAGCUCGUGCGGAUGCUCGCCGAGCUCAACGGCGAGAUCGGCAGCGACGUCUUCAUCGCCGCCAACACCAACCGGGCCAGCUUCGACUUCGUGUUCAACCCGCAGGACUACGGGUUCGUGACCUCGAAGGUGGCGUGCUGCGGGCAGGGGCCGUACAACGGGAUCGGGCUGUGCACGCCGGCGUCGAACGUGUGCCCGAACCGGGACGUGUACGCCUACUGGGACGCGUUCCACCCGACGGAGCGCGCCAACCGGAUCAUCGUCGGCCAGUUCAUGCACGGCUCCACCGACCACAUCAGCCCCAUGAACCUCAGCACCAUCCUCGCCAUGGACAACAGGGACUAGCAGGGCUAGCUCUCCCUGACAUUCCCAGCUAUAUACAUAGCUACGCCGUAAUAUAUGCUUGUAAUUGGUUGCAACAAGAGAUUGGUUGUGUGUUCCUGAA